AUGGAUCCAGUCCUAACACCAGAAAUGAUACAUAUCGGACCUCGCCAUUAUAGGAAAAAUGCAUCAAAGCAAUGUUUUGUUCAGUCCUUUCCUACGUCCAUUAGUCAAAUCGAAGAGGUUCCAGAUGUUGAAGAAGUAGAUAUAGAUGAAAAUGAUCCAGAAACUAUGGAAAUAAACAGGAAAAUUAUGGCAGUUGAUAAUGGGUAUACUGCUUCAUUUAAGGUUCCACCGUUAUUUCACAAGUUCAUUGUUGGUGUUCAACACUCAAAAAAAAAACUGUUAGAAGACGAAUUUCGUUGUUACAUUGAUAUCCCGAAUUCUGGUUCUAGUUCUUCAAUGGUCUCUGUUACUGCGACGUCAAGAUUUAACGUUUUAAAUGCAUGUCGUCGUAUUCUCUGGAUAGUGACUGAUGCACGUAAUCGGUGUCAACCAACUCAUUUCAUUUGUUUACCAGUUACUUGUCCAACUGUUAAAGAUAAUUUUCAGACAUUCAAACAGUCUGUUUUACAAGCUGCUAGUGAAUGUCCUCAUGAUUUUAUGGGCGUGGAUAGUUCUAUCUUUCAUUCAAUGUCUACGUUACACUUCACUUUGGUAACUCUUGUGUUGGCUGAUGAAUCCGAAGUUGAAAAAGCAUGUGAAAUAUUAACGACUUUCUACAAAUCUCAAAGAGGUAUUCAGUUGUUUGCAUCUGGUCCUCUCCAACUAACUAUUAAAGACCUUGAAUAUAUGAAUGACGACCCUACUUCUGUACAUGUACUUUAUGCAAAGCUGAUGGAAUCAUCAGAUUCACAAAGACUACAAACAAUUGCUAAUGAACUAUUGAAUCUACUUACUGAACAAAAUCUAACCAGCACUGGGUCAUAUCGUCCGGAUAAUAAUGUAAAAUUACAUAUGACUUUACUUAAUUCUAAGUAUCGUCAGGAAAAAAGCAAUCGUGACGCUUCAUUUCAAGGUUUCUCACCUAAUACUCGUACAUCGUUCAGCAUAACCGGGAUUUUAAAAAUUGCAGGAAAUUUUUACUUUACUGAAAAUCAGUCUUUUCAUCAAAUUUGUUUGUGUGAUCGUUUGUCAUUUGAUUCUUCAACCCAGUUUUAUAAAUGCUGUUGUAAGCUAGAGUUCACUACUGAUGGUAUCCAUUGUUCUCACAAGAAUAAAAUGUGA